AUGCGCUACGCAGACCCCUCGGCAAACCGCGAUUUGUUGGGGAACCGAACUUUGCUUUUCAUCUUCAUCUGCGCAUUCGCCUUGGUGACCUUGCUGCAACAGAUCCUGUAUGGAAGAAACUACAUCAAGAGAGGCCUCCAGUUUGGUUGGCAGAGUGGCGACCAGCUGGCCAAUUGGACGGGGCUCUUUAAUGUCACGGACGACCCAGGAGUGCAGAGCGGCAGUGACUCCAGCAGCUCCAGGUACUUUGAUUUUUACGAGGGCCCCUUUGAAUACAACUCCACAAGAUGCCUGGAGCUGAGGCACGAAAUCCUGGAAGUGAAGGUGCUGUCCAUGGUGAAGCAGUCGGAGCUGUUCGACAGGUGGAAGAGCCUCCAGAUGUGCAAAUGGGCGAUGAACAUCUCUGAAGCCAACCAGUUCAAGUCCACUCUGUCCAGGUGCUGUAACGCCCCCUCCUUCCUCUUCACCACCCAGAAGAACACUCCCCUGGGGACGAAGCUCAAGUACGAGGUGGACACCAGCGGCAUCUACCACAUCAACCAGGAGAUCUUCCGCAUGUUUCCCAAGGACAUGCCCUACUACCGAUCCCAGUUUAAGAAGUGUGCGGUGGUGGGCAACGGGGGCAUCCUGAAGAACAGUCGCUGCGGGAGGGAGAUCAACAGCGCCGACUUUGUCUUCCGAUGCAAUCUACCCCCCAUCUCGGAGAAGUACACCAUGGAUGUCGGGGUGAAGACGGAUGUGGUCACUGUGAACCCCAGCAUCAUCACAGAGAGGUUCCACAAGCUGGAGAAGUGGCGGCGGCCCUUCUACCGCGUGCUGCAGGUUUAUGAGAACGCGUCGGUGCUGCUGCCAGCCUUCUACAACACGCGCAACACCGACGUGUCCAUCCGCGUCAAGUACGUGCUCGACGACUUCGAGUCGCCGCAGGCCGUCUACUACUUCCACCCGCAGUACCUGGUCAACGUGUCGCGCUACUGGCUCAGCCUGGGCGUGCGCGCCAAGCGCAUCAGCACCGGCCUCAUCCUGGCCACGGCGGCGCUCGAGCUUUGCGAGGAGGUGCACCUGUUCGGCUUCUGGGCCUUCCCCAUGAACCCCUCGGGCCUCUACAUCACCCACCACUACUAUGACAACGUCAAGCCCCGCCCGGGCUUCCACGCCAUGCCCUCGGAGAUCUUCAACUUCCUGCACCUGCACAGCCGCGGCAUCCUCCGCGUGCACACGGGCACCUGCAGCUGUUGCUGAGGGCGGCGGGGCGGCCAGCCGUGCUCGGCAGACAGAACCUCUCUCCUCCUCUCACUGUUGCGCCGGGCAGUGCCAGGGCCUGGCGGUUAGGCUGUCACUCCCUCCGUAGUUCAGUUCCGUACUUGGGUCCUGUGGGCCGGGAGGCAGGAAUCCGGCUGGGGCAGAGUGAGCUCUGCGCUAGGCGUCCUGAGCCUCAGCCUGGGCCCUGUGUCUCUGCCCUGCCCACAGGUAGCAUGCUGCUGGCCCACGCCUCACGAUCUGAGCCCUGGGGAUGGCAAGUGAAUAAAGCACAUUUCCACUCAAUUUUAGCAUCCCAGAGAGCACAAACGGUAACGGCCUUGUCGCAGCUAAAGGAAGGCCCUACAGAGAAUGGAAAAGAGGGAGACCAAACCUGUGAGCAUGGUCAAUAUUUAAUUCAGACUUUUGGAUUCCUGAGUUUCUUCCGAGGCCUCAGCCAUGAAUUGCUAUCUAGAAUCUCAAAGCUUAGAGGCCAAGCCAGCAGCCAGACCUUCCUGGAGUGGCUCAGAGAGGUCCAGGGACUUAUUGACCAAGGUCACUCCAACUGACGGAGUCUGUUAAGUGAUGCAGUGAGAUCGAAUGCAAGGCCUGUGUGGUAGGAUCUUCCCCGAGAGACCAUCAGCUGAGGAGAGCCACACCCUCCAAAUACAUCCUCAGACACACAGUCUUGGUGCCUCCAGGUUCAAUCCUGCAUUUGAUCUUCUGAUGAGAAGGAAAUAAACCUGACCAGCCAUUUGCACUAAGGUUUUCAAGCCAAUGUUAUUGACUGAAUAAGUGCUUAGCGAUUUGCUUCCUUUUCUGUCUCCUUAUUUUCAGCUGUUUUAACCAGGAGUUAUUUAUAAGAUCUGUUCCCCUCUAUGUUCCUGAACUCUGCAGAAUCCUGCUCUGUCGUGUUCCUGAAUUGGAACCGUAAGGCUCCGGGCUGGAAAGUGCUGACAUAUAACUGGUGAGCCUAGCAGAUAGAAGCGCCUCAUGGCCUCUGACACCAGCAUCACGGAGGGUUCAGCUGGAAAGGCAGGACUUCCCACAUGGCACAGCCUGGCGGCCUUGAACAUGUGGACCUGUAGGCCUGCACUUUGGGAAGUUAGCUGUCAUUUCAGCGAGGCUGACGGGUUAACAUGUCAUUUCACGUCUGACAUUCAUUCUCUUUGCUUCCCCCGUGGUGGUUCCACCAUUAAUGCGGCUGUGCCUAAGAGACCCUGAUGGUGAAUGGCCUUAGAACUUAGGUUUGUGGAAUCAGAGAAUGUUCUGCUGGAGGGCUUUCGGCCCCCUCCCGUCCCCUCUCUCCCUCCUUCCCUCCUUUCUUCCCUCCCUCCCUUCUUCCCUCCCUCCUUUCUUCCCUCCUUCUCUUAAACAUUUCCAGAAGCCUUUUCUGCUUUUCUCUGGGACAUGAUGACAAAUGAAGGCAGAAUCUCUGUCUUCUCGGGGUGGAGGGCUGACCAUAAACAGAUUCCAGCCCCCCAUGCUGGGUGGUCUGAGGAGGAGGAGGAACUGUGAGAGGACAACAGGGGGCGGGGACUUCCAUCCCAUCACCUCUUUACAGGCAGAGCAACAGGCCCAGCCAGCGACAGACAGAGGAGAGUGCUGUCCCCGGCCUCUGGGCUCCCCAUCCCAGGCUCCUGUCUUAGCAAAACCUCUUCGUCUUGAUUUGUGGUUCAUGUUGGUGGGUUGUUAAGGAAUGUGUGUUCCAUGCACAACACUGUUCUAGCUGCUGACCUUUCACCUUUGCUCUGAGCCCUGAUAUCAACUAGGAAAACCUCAGGCUGCUCUGAGUCUCAGUCUGCUUGUCUGUAAGAGCAGGAAAGCAACCAAUGAGACAAAAUAGGCUCAAGUACUUGGUAAAAUAGGAAAAAGUAUGCAAGGACUGCAGAUGGUUAUGCUUUCUUGGGCUCUGCCUGUUUGUCCUAAGAGCUUCUGGGGAAGAUUCUAGUUAACUGAGGUUUCCAGCCAUUUGUGGUUCAUUGAACCCAGUUCUUGAGACCAUGGAAUACCAGAACUGGAAGGCUCUUAAAGACCAUUUUGUCACACUUAAGGAAACAGGCCCAGGACAGGGAGGUGACCUGGGUCGAGUCAUGCCUGGGGCUCUAAUGAGUGGCUGCUGUGGACAGACCCCUCUACCGGAAGCCCUCUGGGUGAUGUUUACGUUCCAGGUGGGGCAGUGGUUGGGGACAGGAUCCUUUCUAAGUCAGCCCUCAGGGUUCUCACGGCCGAGGGUGUCAUGAGAAGGCAUCUGCCCCAACCAGGGCCCUCGUAAGAGCUGGGAUGGAGCCUAAGGAUCCAUCCCAUGUAGGAGUUGGGACUCCUGACUCAUGGUCCUAUGUCUGCCUGCCGGCCUUAAGACAAGUCCUUCCUCUGCCUUAGGGUCUCAGCUUCCUCAUCUCUACAACUAGAAGCUUAGCAAAGAUUUCUAGGGUCUCUAUAAUUUCUAAUUUUUUUUGAGGCAUUCAUGAUGUAUGAAUCUAAGCCAUAAAUAAUAUUUAUUAUAAUAGCUAAGAUUUGCACACUCUCAUUCUGUGUCAGGCCCUACACUGAGCACUUUCUUGGCAUUAUCUCCUGUAGUCAUCCGUCCCCUUAGGUAAGAAAGCUCCCACUGGCCAAGUGAGGAGACUGAGGCUCAGAGUGAUUGCCCAGGGUCAGGCACCCAACGGAGAGACUGCACCGGGUCUGUAGAACGCCAAAGCCCGUGCUCCAAGCCUCUGUCUUGGCUGCUUCCUAGCCAGCAUCGCCAGGGCUGGAACAAGAGGGAUCCUGACCGAGAUGCCGCUGCAGGGUGGUGCGGGGCCCUGCUCUAGGGACAAGUGCUCUAGGAGGCUGUCAUGGGUCCAGGAGGCAGUCUCUGCUUGUCCUCCCCCAACCCCACCCUGGGAGCAGCACUAACCCACCCGCAGUAGAAUGUGUGCCUUUCUGGCACUGGAGGGGAGCUGAGGCCAUCUCCGCAUUUUGCAGGUGAGGAGAGAUGCCCAGAAAGGGUACAUGUUAAAUGACAACAUGCUGAGUGACUUGUCCAAGGCCACGUGGCUAGCUAGUGCCUCAACUGGGACUCAGAAGUCUCCUGACUUCCAGGCUCCCUUGCUCCUGCAGCCAAUGUUUGUAGGAAGAACUUUCUUCAAAGGCUCAGAGAGACCUGGGCAUUGACUCAAGAAGCUGCCAUCAUGUCCCUCGCAGUCCCAGUCACCAUCCCGCCACGCAGUGCAGACUACCAGUUAAGUUCUUAUUUAAGGGAAAUAGAUUCCCCACAAAAAAAAAACAGCCGUCGUGUCUUCAUCUGUGCUAAACCUGCUGCUCCAGGGUUGAAAGGCAGCAAAAACAAGUAAACGACUCAGUGCUUAGCCAAGCAGAAAGGAAGGUGGCUCAAGGUCAGAUGCAACCUCUGAGAUGGUUCAGCAAUGCCGCUGCGGCAACUGUGCCCGCUGAUUGCCUGGUGCCGCAGAGAACGGGCGUCUCAUCGCCCUUGACUUUGCUGAGCGUGGGGAGGAGGCAGGGGCAGCGUUUCCUGACAGUUGAGGGAGAGCACAGAGCUGGCUUCAGCCAGGCGUUCAACACAUAUUUAUUGAGCUCUCCUCCUGUGCCAGGCAUUGUGCUAGGUGCGGGGGAACUAGUGAUGAGCACAAGGUAGCCCGCGUCCUCCUGGCACUCGCGGUGCAGUGGGCGUGUCCAGACACUGAACCAACAGUCCCACAGGCGCACAUAGGAGCUGUGCUGAGAGCUGGGAAGUCCCAGCUCUGGGACGGUUAUGGGGUGAGGUGGACAAGGGCAUGCAGGAGUCAAUCCUGAAUUCUCAAGGUGGGUAGGAGAAAGAUGGUAGUGCCAAAGCAGUGGACACUUCUCAGGCCUCAUCCUUGACAUCCCUGUGACGUGUGACGGGAGUGACCUCACUGGUCUUUUUGAGUCCUCUCCUCUUUUGUUUCCUAAGGAACCACCGUCUCCCGACUUGCCUCCUAUCUCUGAACGCUCCUGCUCGGGCUCUUUAAUUGAUUCAUCUGUGAAGCUUCCACAGGGUUCACUUCUCUUUCUAGGAGUCUUCCUGCAGAAAUCUCAUCUAAUCACAGCCUCAGGUAUCUCCUGUCCUUGCAUCUAAACCCCUUACCUGCAGGCCACUUCUCCCUUGGAGCAUCAGAAGCGUGCUCACGGUGGCCUCCUGGACCCUAUACCUGCAAGCAUCUCAAACCUCAGCAUGUCCUCAACUGGUAGAGUUAAAAGGACAAUCUGGACUCAGAGUUGCCUUCUGCCGCUAACUAGUUGGGUGACCUUGGGGGAGCUGCCGGAGCCCCUGGAGGCUCUGAUUUAUCAUCUGAGGAGUGAGGCCAGGGUGCCAGCCCCACCAGCUGUGGCGAGGGUUAAGUGAGAUAAGGUUGCACAGUGCCUGGCACAUCCUAGACACCCAAUGAGCGCAGCUUCCCUCUGCCCUCCCCCUCCCCCAUCAUCCCCCAGUGGAUGGCUCUAUUGCACCGCUGGCCUCUCAGCCCAAAACCUGGGUCACGCUCGGCUCUUCCUCCUCUUCACCUUCUAUGUCUAUUUGUGCACCAAAUCUCGUUAAUUCAGACUCAUAAAUAUCCCUUGAAUCCAUUCCCUACCUGCAUUCCCACUGCCCUAAACUCAGGUCCUUCUGACUGAUCUUUCUGCUUCCAGAGAAUUGCCUUCUGGAAACACCUUUGGAGGAGCCCAUUGCCCAUCUGUACCAUAUAGUCUAGAUGCCUUGCCCAGACGUGCAGGCAUGUCUCAAGCUGACUCACUCACCUUCCAAGAGACCCUCCUGCCACCUCCCUGCCCCCUCAUCCUCCUCCAGGCGCUGUGCCUUUGCACAAGCUGGUGGAAAUGUCUGGAAUGGCCCCCUACUCCCGCCUCCCUCUCUCCUCCCCUUCAUCCUAUCACUUUUGCAGAUGAUGUCAGGUUUGGCCCCUGUGUCCUCCCCUCCGUGAACCUGGGCUGGGCACUCUCUCCUCUGCUUCUGUAGCACCCAUCACUGACUUCUGUCGAGACGUCCUCAUUGCUCACACAUGGGCAUCCCUGUGUCCUUGGCCGAGGGUCCAUCCUUUCACUGAGGGAAAGCACCGUAUCUGGCUUAUCUUUGUGCCCCAGCACUGGCACAGAGCCACGUGUUUACUAUAGCAAUGGGGUCUCUGGUUACCUGGUGGGCUCCAGCGGUUCAGAAGACCCCAUUAAUAAACCGAGUAACACCCUGGGGAAAUUGUUAGCUUAAGAGAGUCCUCCGUUGAUUAUUUUUUUGCCUAGUAUCUUCCAUGUGGGAAGCACUGAGCUAUGUGAAGACUCCCCUGCCUGUCCUUAGGGGGCUUGGGGCUCUGUGGCUGGCUGGCUGGUGUCUGGCUGGCUGCAUCACGCAGUCUCUGAUACCCUCAUGUUUCUCCCCAUUAUCUCCCCACUCGCCCCCUACUGUCAUCGUAUAUCUGCUUCUUGCCCGCUAACAACCCUCUUUCUCUAGUUUAAGCAAAACAGGGAAAGGUUUCCUUUUUUCUUCCUUUCCUCAAAACAAAAUAGAUUCGUCAGGAUCUUGUAUUGCUGUGCUGAGCUGCAGGCUGGGUAGCAGUAUAUCAGGGACUUAUCAAGAGUGUCACAAAAACAAGUGGAAGAUGCUGUAUUUAUUGGCUGGGAAACGGAUGAGCUGAGCUUUGCAAAGUAUCUGCUCCAGAUGCCCAGUGGAAGGCCGGGAGCUUGGUGGUGCGGGGGGGGUCUUUCCUUGUGGGGAGGGGAUGGUGCUGCUCUGAGUUCACCACACACCUUGGCCUCUCUUACUGCAGCCAGGGCACCCCUCCCGCAGGAGGCUGGUUGUGGCUUAGGGGCCAGAAGAGGUCAGGCUAGGGGUGUGCUGAUGGCCAGAGUGUGCCUUCCCUUGUUCUUUGGAGCUCUGGUCAAGCCAGGCCAGUGUGUAGAGGUUGAGUGCGUCCUCCGAGGCAUCCUGAUAAAGCGGUGUGGUCUUUAAAGGGUGGACCGUAGAUCCCUGUGUCAGAAUCCCGGGGAGCUUGUUAAACCCCAGCCUCUGGACUUGGAACCAGCAGGCGCGCCAUCCCCGGGUGGUCCUGGAGCACGCAUCCGCCUGAGAGCCGCGCUCGUCACUGCCUGCGGUUCAGUGGCUGCUGCCAGGCGAGUGGUGAUGUCUGGCCUGAAAUUCAGACUAGAGCCUCAAGCGAGAAAGGAGUGAAAACAAGAAUCUGGCACACAACCCAAUUUCUGGGUUUUCUAUAAAUAAGAAUAUAAAAUAUAACCCGCUAUUAAACUAGCGACAAAAAUUAACUGCUCAGGAAUCUCUAACAUUUACAAAAUCUGUUUAGGCCUCAACACUCAGAGAUUCUUUUUUUUUUUUUCUAUUUUUAAUUGUGGCAAAAUACACAUAAAAUUUACCAUCUUAACCCUUUUUAAGUGUACAGUUCAGUGGUGUUAGGUACAUUCACAUUGUUGUGCAACCAGUUUUCCAGAACCGUUUUCAUCUUGCAAAACUAAAACUCUAUACCCAUUAAAAGGACAACUCCCCGCUUCCCCCUCCACCCAUACCUGGCAACCACCAUCCUACUUUCUGUCUCUGUGGAUUUGACCAUUCUGGGUACCUCAUAUAUAUGGAAUCAUACAGUACCUAUUUUUCUGUGACUGGCUUAUUUCAUAUAGAAUCACUUAUGUACAGGCUGUUCUCAAAGGACAUUAACUGUUUUCAGUGUCCCUAUAGUAGAAUUGUGAUUUUAGUUUUUGUCUGGAGCCGUUGUCCUGGGCCCUCGGUCCGUCCCUGGCUUCUGGCGACCUUGGCCCCUUUGCUGUGGGCCAGAGUGGACCUGGUCUUGCUUUGCUAGCUGGGCUCAGCUCUCCUGGCCAGCCAGUGCCCCGAGAGGCAGCAGUCCUGCCCAUCUUUUAUAAGUCUUUACGUAUUUCCCCUGCGUAGUCUGUUCUGUGAACCAUCUUUUUUUCAUUUCAGAAAAAAGAGAAAGAGAGAAAUGUAUAUUACCAUGACUUAGCUCUUGGCACAAAAGCCAGAAAAGUGACUGUCUCUCUCUUUCCAGUCAGGGGAUGGUUCCCUUGGCAACCAAGUAACUCAUUUCCUUCAACUAAAUGACUUGCUCAGCUUUGGGGUAAAAGUUUGAUUUCUUCUAGAAUUGUGGUUCUCAACACUGUGUGCAAGUUAGAGUCACCGGGGGAUCUUUGUAAAAUAACCCCCAUGCUAGGUCCUCACUUUCCCAGGGGAUCGGACUCAGUUGGCCUGGGGCUGGGGCCCUGUAUCCUUAUUUUAAGAAUCUCCUUAAGUGGUUCUUUGCACACUGCUUGCAACUCAUUGCCCUGAGGCUGCACAUUGGAGUCAUCUGAAGAGGUUUAAGAAAUCCUUGUGCUUGGACCCCACCCCUAGAGGUUCUGACCUGGCUUGUCUGAGGUGUGACCCGGGUAUUAGGGUUUUUCAAACUCUGGGUGAUUCGAGCAUGCAUCCAAGGUUGAGACCCGCUCUUCUAGGUCGGCAGUUCUCAGACUUGAACCUGCGUCCGCAUCGCUGGGAUAGGUCAUUGAUUCUGGACCCCACCCGCCAUCUUUGAUUUGGUGAACCUGGCGUGGAGCCUUUCUCACCAGCUCCCAAGCGAGGCUGAUGCUGGUCCUGGGACAACACUUCCCUCCUUUCCCACCUUGCUUUGGAAAAGGCUCACCUUGAAACCAGCUAGUUAGUACCUGGUUCCAGCCUCAAUCUCUUCUCUCUCCAACUGGAGGCAAAUCCUCUGCCCCUUCCCUCUGAAGACGCCCCAGCAGUGUGUUCCCAGUGAGAACUUUAUUCCCACGGCAGCUCAGAAUCACGCAUUCAGCCGCAAAGUUUAUAAGAACCUCUGAACAUCUUGGCUUGAUAAAGGAGAAAAUCAUUACUAUUUUACUGAAACAAGGUCAGAGCACCCCUCACUUCCCAGGACCACUUAUCCAGCAAGUUCAUUCAGCCCCGGGGGAGCUGGGGACUCAGGUGAAGGAAAAUUAAUUUUGAGCCCCUGAAAUAGAUGCUAUAAAGCUCUGUAUCAAAGACCAAACAUUUUGCUGAGAGCAGAUCCCUCACGGCGGUCACUUUAAUUUUAAAGUUAAUUCUAGUGAACUUGGUUCUGGUUCCUAAUAAUAAAGCAAACUAAGAGACUGAUAACAGGUGCUAGAUAGAGCAAGAAGUGGCAGCUAAUAGCCUAAUAGUAAUGGCAUUAAAAAGACCAAAACUAUCUCAGAAAACACCAAGUGAUCUGGAGCCGUUUAGUGGAGGAGCAAAUAGUUUAGUGGAGGGGCAAACAACGCCGAGGUCUCAACAAAGCAUUUCAGGUCAGUUCACCCUGCCCUGUGCACAGCCGUGCAGGGGUACAAAAACCCUCCAACAGCGUUCACUGCUCUGUGUGAGAAGCCAGAGGAGCGUCUCAGCCCCUUGAGCAUUAUUUCCAUCCCUAAACACUUAAAAGACCUUCAUAGAAAUCUUGGUGCUUAAAAGACUCCCUCCAUUAUCUUGAAGUUCAGGAGGGUGAGAGAGUUCGUGUCUGCUGAUGCCGGAUGAAUGAGAUGGGUGACCUCCCUCUUUUGGCCUUGCAUUUUCCCUCUGGCUUUGGGGAUUCUCUCUGGCUACCCCCCCUCCCCCGAGAAAAAAGACAGGAGGAGGGGGAAGUGCCCCUUCUCCCUUCCUACCUUAAAAGGAACGUGCAGCCUGGUCAAUGGAGGUGACAGGGGAACCUUUCUGCAUCCUUCCUCCACCUGUGGCCUCCUUAUGGCACGUGGGAGGGGGGAUUGGGACCUCCAUGGGGGCUGGAGCCGGCCCCUCAGUACUCAGGCCUAAGUUUAUUUGUGAAUUUAAGGAUACGACUUUCUUUCCCCUGCAGGAAAUACUUCUACCUUCUAAACACCUUCACCAUCCGUUUUCUCCCCCAGCCUCACUGUAUCCCUACGAGGAGGGUGGGGCAGGUGGUGGCAUCUCUACUUCACUGAGGCCCAGAAAGGUGACAGUGGUGUGCCUCAGGUCACACGGGGUUGGUGGUGGAGCUCUGGGAUUGGGUGCCUAUGCUUCCCCGGGGGCAGGGGAGGUGGCCAGUGUCCUGCUCGAGCCACCGAGACCCUUCUGUUUUCUUCCCUCUAUGGUGGUUGGGCUGUUUGGAGUCUGGUCCAGGCCUGGGCUUUACUCCUGGCCUCACGCCCUGCCCAGCAUCUGUGUGGAAGGGCCUGUUGGUAUUCAUUCCUCUCUGGGCCCCAGGCCCUGGGCACCCAAAGCCAACAGCAUUGGGUGGCUGUCCCUGGUGGGGCGGGAGGGGUGGCAGUUAUACUUGGCAGAGAGUCACCUAAGGCCACAGGCCUGAGCAAAGUGGGAGCAUGGAGGGAGUUGGCAUCAGGCCUGGUGAUGCCAGCCCCCUGGUGCUGUGGCCUUUGGGGAGGAGGCUGGUGGGUUCCCCAGUGGCAGCUCCUGACAGCCUACCUGGGAGCCAGCCCUCCUGCAUCUUUUCCAGCAGAACCCUCGGCCCCCACUGUGGCUGGCUUCUGAACAAGUCCCUCUGCCCAAGGCCACUUUGUGGGGCAGCUGGUCCUCCCUGGGGCUCCCACACUCUGCACACACAUUUUAAGAAUGCGGUGGGGGCUCGGUGGCCUGCGGACUCCCUUUCAGGACUGACCUCCCUUCAGAAAGCCAUAACUCUUCUUCAAAGCUGUAUUGUUUGAACUGUGAAAUAUGUGUAUAUGUAUUUUUUUUUUGGAACUAACACUUUAACUCAAUGAGCAUACAGUGGGUUGUUCAGUGCUGCAGUUUGGAGUCAAUCUCAUGCCACCUUGCUCCCAAAGUGAAGACAGGACGGACAGUGGGCGUCAGCAGAGGAACUGUAGAAACCUUUUGCCCUGCAGCCACGUGCCCACUGCCCUGCGCCUGCAUGUGGCUUCAACCAGGCUUGAUGUCAGUUUCCAGGAGGGGCUCACGUGAAGGCAGCCAGCGGAGUUUGUACCUGAUGGGUUGGUGGCACUGACUCAUCCCUCAGUGGCCUCCUAUGUGUGAAGAUGGAGUGCACAUGGUCAUGACGUCCGGGUGCUCCUCGGCCCCGUCCCUCCCUUGCUUUCCUCUGCCAAGAGCUGAAUCACGCUGCACUGCGCUCUGUAGAGCCUUUCCCACUGGAGAAGAAAAGGGAGACCGAGAUGUCAUUUGCUGGGAUGUGGACAAACUCCAUCUGUGUGUGGAGCUGGGGCAUUGCUUAAAAAAAUCCCUCUCUUGCUCUGUUGAUUUGUUCCCUCCCCUCGUCCUGGAGAGAGAUGCUCUGUACCAUUCCCAAGAGUGUGUGUGGGGAGGUGGGGCUGCAGCCCUUAUCGUAUGUUCAUGCAAUGUUGUUCUGGGAGGAGGGUUCAUACAAACUCCUGCAGCGUAAUUCGAGCCUGUGUGUGGUUGUCCUUGAGUGAUUCUGAAGUGAUAACUGUGACUUAUGCCUAAGAACAUAAUCAGGGUAAUUUGUAUCUGUCACUGUGUUUGAAAAGCCCUCAAUUUCCACCCAAUAAAACCAGUUGAAUGGUUCAUCUAGCAAA